UUCGUGUUGUGUUAUUCAAUAAAAACCCCUCUGUGUGUUUCAGUUCUGCUUGUUAAGUCUUGCUUUUUCUGUCUCCCAACAGUGACUGUGUUCUUAAGCACUUUGACUCCAAAAUUCUACUUUGCCCUCACAGUGACCUCAUCCUUUAUAUCCGGACUGAUAUUUGUAUUUGAGUGGUGGCAUUUCCGAAAAUAUGGCACAUCCUUCAUUGAGCAGGUAUCUGUGAGUCACCUGAGGCCGCUCAUCGGCGGCGUGGAAAACAGCCCUCCAGCACCAGCAGCAUUCUCAGCUGGGGAGAACGAGGCAAACAGACAGAACAUGCCAGAAUGCAAGAUGUGGCGAAAUCCUCUUAAUCUUUUCAGAGGGGCAGAAUACAGCAGAUACAUGUGGGUGACUGGGAAAGAGCCUCUUACCUACUAUGACAUGAAUUUGUCUGCUCAAGAUCAUCAAAACUUUUUCACGUGUGAUACAGAUGCCCUUCGGCCUUCGGAUACAGUUAUGCAGAAAGCAUGGCGAGAGAGAAACCCUCAAGCCCGGAUUAAAGCAGCAUAUCAAGCCUUAGAGUUGAACAAUGAUUGUGCCACUGCAUAUGUUCUUCUCGCAGAGGAAGAAGCAACAACUAUUGUAGAUGCUGAGAGGUAUUUUAAGCAGGCUUUGAAAGCAGGAGAGAUGAUUUACAGGAAGUCUCAGAACUGCCAUUCCCAAAGUCCCCAGCACGAAGCACAGCUAAGAAGAGACACUAAUGUACUGGUCUAUGUGAAAAGAAGACUGGCUAUGUGUGCAAGAAAACUUGGAAGAAUUCGAGAAUCAGUAAAAAUGAUGAGAGAUUUAAUGAAAGAGUUUCCACUUCUCAGCAUGCUGAAUAUUCAUGAAAACCUCCUGGAGGCAUUACUGGAGUUACAGGCUUAUGCAGAUGUCCAGGCAGUUUUAGCAAAGUAUGAUGCAUCUGGAAAAAUGAGCAUGAGCUUCAAACUCUCUGUAGCCUCCCUGUGUUUUGCUUGGUACGACAGCCAGACUUCUAAUAUCAGUCUUCCAAAAUCAGCAGCAAUAUGUUACACAGCAGCCCUGUUAAAAGCCAGAGCUGUUUCAGAAAGGUUCUCCCCAGAAACUGCCUUCAAAAGAGGGCUUAGUACAGCAGAAAUAAAUGCUGUGGAAGCAAUUCACAGAGCUGUGGAAUUUAACCCUCAUGUUCCAAAGUAUUUACUGGAGAUGAAAAGCUUAGUCCUACCUCCAGAGCAUAUCCUGAAGCGAGGGGACAGCGAGGCAGUAGCAUAUGCUUUUUUCCAUCUCCAGCACUGGAAGAGAAUAGAAGGGGCUCUACAUCUGCUGCACUGUACAUGGGAAGGCACAUUUAGGAUGAUCCCAUACCCUUUAGAGAAAGGUCACCUUUUCUAUCCCUAUCCCAGUUGCACGGAAACAGCAGACAGAGAACUGUUGCCAACAUUUCACGAAGUCUCCGUUUACCCACAGAAGGAGCUCCCCUUUUUCAUCCAUUUCACAGCAGGCCUGUGUUCCUUUUCGGCAAUGCUUGCACUCCUCACACACCAGUUCCCUGAGCUGAUGGUCGUUUUUGCUAAAGCUGUGCUGAGAGUGCUGUGGCCUGUGAGUGCCCCCAGCGUGCUGGCAUCUGGCUGAGCCCCUCAUCCCCGUUCUUUGGGACUCUCCUUUUAUCCUCUGCUGUGGAAACAUUAAGAUCCUCACGUUUUCCAGUCUUUGGCACCAGCUGAGUGCAGCGUGCCUCCCAGAGGCUUCGACUGCAUUGUUCUCAGUGUGUCCUGGCAGCACCCCGGGCAUGGUUGGCUGACACCUGGCUGUGGGAGGCAGAGAAGAAAGCUGUGCUGCUCAGACAGCUGCCCUUUGUAGGCUGCCGUGUUGGUAAUGGUGCUUCACGUUUGAGUUCCUUCUUUGGCCGUAGAGUCUGUAAUCAUCUAAGAAAAUAGUUUUUGUUGAGUGGUAACCUUAUUGCUCUCUUAAUCACUUGUACAACUGGAAGGUAAUACUUCUGUAAGAAAUGUGAGAACGUAAGUUGGGCAGAUGUUUUGAGUCUUGACACUUCCUUCUCAGCUGCAGAUGCACCGGAUAACUGGCUUUGGUUUUAAUUUUGUAAGUCUUUUUCAAAAUAUUUGUUAAGAGCAAAGUAUGGUUUUGCUUUCUUUAUUAAAAGGUUGCUUCUUAACGUGUGGAGUUUGU